AUGACAAAAGAAUCUAACAUCCUGGACGCCUUUGAAAAUAUUCACCAAGCGUGUUUGACAGAAAUUGAUCCGAAUCUCACCUUGAAAGAGUGUGUUGUCACGUUCAUGGUGCUAAAAGAAAGCACUGGAGAGCAUUAUUUUAACAAUCCAGAGCCUAUGUGGGAUACCCUUACAAGGACAUUUGCCGAUUUAAGCCUGAACAACUACCCGGGUAAAGAGUUUUGGAAAAGGCACCCAGAUUUUCCGACGUUUGAUCAAUUGAUAGCUGACUAUUGGGCCGAAGAGGCGCGCCAGACGGCGCGUAGAAGGAGGCGUUAA